AUGCAGGUAGCAGACGCGGCCAAACGGUCCCUCAAGCCAUCCAGACUUAUGCUACGGGCUGAAUCACCAUCCUUAUCUCCAGGAGAUGCGGCGGAUGAGAUUGGUACGGGUGCUGUCAUCGCACCUUCACUCGUCGCACAUCACAACAAGCUGACCCAAUCGACAAAUACCGAAGCUGGGCUUCGAGAGGCUCGGGCUGGCCAGGAAACGGUGGCUGGCUACCAACCAGAGCCCCCCCCAACGACCUACCUGGGCUCCCUUCUCGCCAAGGGAGAGAAACAAGUCCCGCCUGUCUGGACGCCUGUUAGCCCAACCAUCCGCCCUAUUGAAAUUUUGGGCAAAAAAGGCGAGUCGAGCAAGAGCCAAUAUCUUCGCACAGCCCAAGAAGAAGUCCAUAUUGCGAAGGUGAGAAACUGGAUCAGUUCUAUCGCUCCUCGAGGUAAAGACAAGGACGCAGCACAAACGCUGAACGCUCAUUCUUCAACUGGAACACAGCCAGGUCGAGGUACAAAAGCCAUAGACAUGGACGAGGCUCUCACUGUAGAAGGUCCCUUCAGUUUGAGGAACGGUUUGGCACGUCUGUCUCUUGGGCCCUCAAUGAAGCCGACUCCUGCACCGGAGAAGAAGGAAACCAAAGUGCAGUUGUCAAGGGAUUGGAAUGUGAGUGGCAUCGGAAAAUAUACGCCAAAGGACUUGGAAAAGGGUCCACUAUUUGGGCGAUUUUCUGGAGCUAAGACCAGCACUUUGGAGGGUAAUGCUGAGACGAAUGCUUUCGGCCCCAUGACGAAGGAGCUACACGCCGCUGUUUCUGAGACGGGAAGUGCGAAAGAAGGCGAUUCUCUGCCUGGGGUCAGAGAGACAAAAGUCACGGGCAGACUAGAACAAAGUGCUGGCCAGGAAGAUGCUAAAGGUCAGGAGCCGCGCGGAGCGAAGAACGCUGUUGUAGACAGCCGGCGGGAACCUAGGGGCAUUGAGCCACGUGGGACAGACCAGAGUGUUCAGACCAAUGGCCGAGAUGGCGAAUCUGAUCAAAUAGUCAAGGCCGACUCAGCUGCUGAGAGCAGCGGCCAAGACGGUACAUCUCGUCCGUCGCCCGAGGAAGUGUCGCAAAUGGAAGGAACAUACACAUGGUAG